UACCACCCCAUCAAGGCCCAACACACGGCUUUUUUCCCUGAUUUACUGGGGCUCCCAAAUCGCCAUUUGUUCGCAUCCAUUCAUACAUGUUGCACAUCUUUCCAAAUUGUCACAGUCACUCUCCCACCGUUUGUGCCUUCAAAUUGGGAUCCUCGCGCACAUCGUCCUCCCACACCAAACCCAAGACGCAACUCCACACGAGGUUAUGUAAACACCACCGUGGAAACAGGCAAGACUGGGUUGGAACAACAUCAAGCGCAUUAUGAGCGUCACUAUGGAUCAGGGCGCUGACGCUUUGCUGCAAGCUGCCCAUGCAGCAGCUUCCCUGGAAGACGAGCUGAGCGUCGUGGACGAAGAUGGAUCCAGCAGUUUGAGCGAAAUUGAGGACAAAGAUGCCGAUCAAGACGACGACGGCGAGGGUUCAGAUGAGCUGAGCAACAUGUCCGAGGAGGAGAAUGAUUCGGAAGCAGAGACAGAACGUAUCGAGGAAUCCCCACACAAAUUCCGGGCGCAGAAAGACGUGGUUCUGAGCUCUCGCAAUGACGACCACGGGUACGAACGAACCCCAAGCAAGCUUCACAAGGAUUUCACGGCAGAUGACGACGACGACGACGACGGACCAUUGUCUGACGCCGAUGUCUCCAUGGGCGAGUCCCCUGGAUCACCAAAGAGUUCUGCGCACGAAGAUGCUGAGCCCGGACACACAACUGGGCCGACUUCCUUGGAAGACUCGUCGACCGAGAAUAAGACCUCAUACUCUACAGUGGAGUCCGACACUCGGAAACGGAAAAGGUCCAUAAUGGCGGGUAGCGGACUCGAAGAAGAGAUUGGGGAACCUGUGCGCAAGCGUACAGGCUCUAUCAUGACACCUGGGGAUGAAUAUGCGAUCGAAGAAGACAUCCCACAAGAAGAAGACCCGGACGCACUAAAUCCCACAAGCGGAAAUAUAUCUGGGGACGAUGGCGGGGUAACCCACGAAGAAGAGGUGGUCGAAGAGGCCGAGGAGCACACAGCAGUAGACGAAGAAGCUGUUGAAACAGUCGACGUACCUAUUUCUCCAAGGAAAAGAGGCCGGAAAAAGAAGAAGGGCACUGAGAACGGGGUGAACAAUCAUGUGGAGGACUUGGGACAUCUGCCGGACCCAGAGGCAACUAAAAAUGACGAAGGCGCUCGGCAGGCAGAUGAGGACAACGCCGAUAAUGAAGGGGACGACGAAGCCGAGGCAGCUCAGAGAAAUGAGGAAGAGCGUAAGUUCUGUCAUUCUAACUAUGAGGCGCAACUAACGAAAGUAGUCGAAAAGAAGCGCAUCGCGCUCGAUCAGUUGACUUCGAUAGAGCGUCAGUUCUCCACUUUUAGAGACAGGUAAGGAUUUUCGGUGUAAACAGAGCUUCAAAUGCUAACUUUACGUUAGACUGCAUGAAGAACGACUCGAGCAAUUGAAUCGCGAAGAUGCAAUGCUUCGUCAAGACCCUCCAACGCAUCCAGAAUAUUUAGCGAUGAUGCGCUGUGUUGACGCCCGACGAGACGAGAGGAUCCGAAUUGCAAAUACUUUGCGAGAUUAUCAAAUAGAGUCCUUGAAACGAUCUGCCGUCUCACACAGGAGCCAAAUUCUCUCACAAUACCAGCAGGAGGUUCGAGAAAUUCGAGAAAAGAAGCAGGAACUACUUGGAAAGCAGUGGUAUGAGAUACAGCAUGACAGAAGGAAUCAUGUAGGAAGCAUUCCAGAUUAUACCUUGAAGUUUCCUACACGCAGGUCGCAGCAAGUCAUGAACCAAGUAGCAUACAGCAACGAGGUUUCUCUCCUAUCUGGGAUUGCCAAAUAUGUCGGAUUCCCUGCAGCUCCAAUGAUGGCACCAGCAACCAUGAGCGAACUCGAAGAGGAUCUUGAGAAAAUGGGGGUAAGUUUGUGCGCUCCUAGACUUGGGCUAUGGGUACUGACCUGAGAAUAGCGCACACGACACGCCCAACAAGUUCACCAAGGCGGAAUUCCUCUCCAAGAGUUGGCUGCCCUACGUACAGCAGGCUCAAGCUCACGUUUUAAGCCUGCCGAAGAACAAUUCAUCGAACAGACGCCUUGGGCUAACCCACAACAUCCCUCCCACGCCCAUCUGCUUCAAAGGCAAACUUCAGCCCAACAGGUGCCCCGAACAACAAGCCCCUUUUCUUCUCAGCCUCAAAGUGCCCCCGGGAGGCACUCGCACCAGCAAGGAGCAGGCGUUCCGAUCUCUGGUACUUUUUCAAGCUCAAAUUCAUCGUUACUCCAACAUUCGAAAAGCCUUGCUAUGUCUGGCGGUCUAAUAUCACCUCACAAUCCUUUUAACUCUAGCCAUUCUCAUACCAUUGUUCCAUCACCGCUGGGAAGCCGACAAGCAUCACCACAGCUACCACAUUUAAAUCGAGCGCCCCAAGCCGUGCCUAGCAAGGCUCAGCAGGACGAACCCAAAAGCAACGGUAUACAACAUUCCCCAACAAAUGGGUUAACGGAAAUACCUCGUGACUUUCCACCGGAAGUUAGGCGCGAGCAAGCGGCUGCCAUCAUGGGCCGUAUUUAAUUGGAAUUUUAUAUGAAUAUCACGAUGGACACAUGGUGAAGGCGUUAUUGUUUUAGUUCAAUGAAGGCAUAUCGGAGUAUCGGGGCUGGCGAAAUACGGGACAGAAUUAGAAAGACACAACUCAAAUGGUCG